AUGGGUCGUGGGAGGGCGCUUCUCGUUGCCCGCGUCGUGGGCACCCGGAGCUACCGGCAAGUGAUGUCGAAGGUAGCAGCUCUGAAGAAGAAGGGGCCGGUGGUUGAGCUGACGUCGGAGCCAGCCGAGGCAACCGAAGAGCAAAAAGCGGCGAUCCACGAGGCACAAUAUCAGGCGCCAACCAUGCUUUCGGGGACAACCAACCUGCGCACGACGUGGGCAGAUGUUACGGUCGACGACGUCGAUGCAUUUUUGAGCGAAAUGCCUCUUUGGGACGAGGCGGUGCCUUCCACCGUGGACACCAGCGGUGUCGUGUCGACGACCUCGACGACGGACGACGUCUCGAUGUACGAUAUCGGGUUUCAAGAGCCCUGCGCGCAGGAGAAUGUUGCGCCCUUCGAGACCACCACGCCCGUACACGUCGCCACUGGGAGCACCGACGACGCCGACGCCGACUGGCUCUGGAAGGCACUUCUGUCCAGCCGCCACGCGCAGCACGUGGCCUAG